AUGCCGGGCUUCGACUUCAGCAACCACAACAGAAACGUCGCUCUCCACGCCAGAGGCGUUCCUCUCCCCAAGGCCACAUCCACCGGUACCACCAUCGUCGGCGCACUCUACGAUGGCGGUGUUGUCAUUGCAGCAGAUACCCGAGCAACAAGCGGUCCCAUAGUCGCGGACAAGAACUGCGAGAAGCUUCACUACAUCUCACCUCAAAUAUGGUGUGCAGGAGCAGGUACGGCCGCCGACACUGAGUUCACCACCGCCAUCAUCUCCUCCAACCUCGAACUACACUCGCUCUCCACGGGCCGCAAACCGCGCGUUGUUACGGUCAUGACUAUGCUCAAGCAGCACCUCUUCCGCUACCAAGGUCACAUCGGCGCGUAUCUCGUCGUAGCAGGCUGCGACCCUACGGGCGCCCAUCUUUUCACGGUUCACGCACACGGCUCCACCGAUAAGCUGCCGUACGUCACCAUGGGCUCAGGUUCGCUGGCUGCCAUGUCCGUCUUCGAGACUCAGUGGAAGCCAAACCUCAGCCGCGACGAUGCCGUCAAGCUUUGCGCGGACGCCAUCGAGGCUGGUAUCUGGAACGAUUUGGGAUCUGGUUCGAACGUGGAUGUUUGUGUGAUUACCCCAGAGAAGACCACCUUGCUGCGGAAUUUCAAGACACCAAAUACGAGGGAGAAGAAGCAGCGCGACUACAAGUUCAAGAGGGGUACAACUGCUGUACUGAACGAGAAGGUCAUCACAAAGGAGCAAAUCAGCAAGUACGUGACGGUGCACGACAUUGGCGACGGAGAGGCGGGUGUUGGUGAGAAGAUGGAUGUGGACACCCAGCCAAGUGGGCCUUCGUAA